CACGAGGGUAUUUUCGUCAUUUAAAGUUUAUGUGUCUCUAGGGUUUUCCCCGCCUCGUUUAAAGCAAAGCCGCAUUAUUUGUGUGGUUUUCUGUCGGUUCACGUCCGCUCUCUCUCUCUCUCUUGUAUCUUUAUAUAAAUAAAUAUAUUUCUCUGCCACCAUUGUUCUCUCUCUCUAGCUCAGUCAAGUCACUGUUACCAUUUUGAUUUGAUCACUCCUUCUCUCUUAAGUUGUUCGAAGAAUUGGUUUGGUUUGAUCAGCGAUUAUAGGUGAUCAAAAUCGAUGGAUCGAAGCGAUCGAGGAUCAGAUUCAGAAGUGUCAAUUAACAAGAGUUCAGACAGUGGUCCGUCGGGAGAAUCGAAAAGCUGCGCAGACUGUGGUACUACAAAAACUCCUCUAUGGAGAGGCGGUCCUGCUGGUCCGAAGUCGUUGUGUAAUGCAUGCGGGAUCAGGAGUAGGAAGAAGAGAAGAGGUCUGGUGGGGUUGAAUAAAAGCUCGGCGGAUAAGAAGAAAUCGAAGAGCAGAUCGUUGAAAGGGAAAGAGACGAUGUCUCCGGUAAGAAACGCGGCGGCGGCGGCGGUGAAGAGAUGGACGAUGGAUAAUCUACGAAGGAAGUUGGGAGAGGAAGAACAAGCCGCCGUGGUUUUGAUUGCUCUGUCUUUUGCUAGUGUUUAUUAGUUUUGUUAGGAUUUGGUAGUCUUUUUGUUGUAUUACUUUAUGCCCUAGAGAGAACAUAUGGGGUUUAUUGUAUUUUGCUUCACUUUUUUAUUUAUUUUUUUUAAUUAAAUCAGAGGUUUCUAAAUACCCACCAAA